UCCUCCUCCUCCUCCCGCCCGGCUGCCGGCGGCGAUGCCCGCUCCGCUGCCGGGGGGAGACGCUGCCCGGCCCCCCGCGGCUCGCCGCAGCGCCUGGCUGGCAGAGGGGCAGCCGCACGCCUGAGCCAUGAUCGCCGCCGCUUUCCUGGUGCUGCUGAGACCCUACAGCAUCCAGUGCGCCCUCUUCUUGCUCCUGCUCCUGCUGGGGACCAUCGCGACCAUUGUGUUCUUCUGCUGCUGGCACCGCCGGCUGCACAAGGGGAGGCACCCCAUCAAAUCCGUCUUCUCGGGGCGCUCCAGGAGCCGAGAUGCUGUCAUGAGAACCCACCACUUUCGCUCUGAGGUAAUUUAUUUAGCACGCAAUUUCAAGGGCUUUAGAUCAAGUCCUCGUCAUGCCAGAAGGCGUGUAGCACCUCGCCUUGAGGAAACACAGCCUCUAGUGGAAGCUCACCACCUAAGCGAGCAGGAAACCUCUGUGAGAAAAAGGAAAAUCAAGAAAAGCAGCCGAGUACAACCGGAAUUCUAUCAUUCUGUUCAAGUUACCCCAACUCGAAAACCUAGCUCCGGCCCCACGUCCCACCGCUGCUCCAUGUCGUCGUCCGCCGAUUUCUCCGACGAGGAGGACUCGAGCCACAAAUCCGGCACGGUGUCGCCGGCUCCGGGGGACACCCUGCCCUGGAACCUGCCCAAACACGAGCGGUCCAAGCGCAAGAUCCAGGGCGGCUCCGUGCUGGACCCCGCCGAGAGAGCCGUGCUGCGCAUCGCCGAUGAACGGGACAAAGUACAGAAGAAGACCUUCACAAAAUGGAUAAAUCAACAUCUCAUGAAGGUUCGAAAACAUGUGAAUGACCUAUAUGAAGACCUAAGAGAUGGACAUAACUUAAUCUCGCUUCUAGAAGUCCUUUCUGGUGACACCUUGCCAAGAGAGCGAGAUUUUUUGAAGACCUUACGGUUGGUGAGUUCUACAGAAGCAUGCGCGUAUGAACAGCAUGAGGAUGUGGAGGAUGAGGAUAAGGGGCCCCGAGAAAAAGGUCGGAUGCGUUUUCACAGACUCCAGAACGUCCAAAUUGCACUUGACUAUUUGAAAAAACGCCAGGUGAAACUGGUUAACAUUAGAAAUGAUGACAUAACAGAUGGGAAUCCCAAGUUGACUUUGGGGUUGAUAUGGACCAUAAUUUUGCACUUUCAGAUAUCUGAUAUCCAUGUUACUGGAGAGUCAGAGGACAUGUCUGCUAAAGAGAGAUUGCUCCUGUGGUCGCAGCAGACAACUGAGGGCUAUGCUGGAAUCCGUUGUGAAAAUUUCACUACCUGCUGGCGUGAUGGAAGAUUAUUUAAUGCCAUCAUUCAUAAAUACAGGCCGGACCUGAUAGACAUGAAUACCGUUGCUGUUCAAAGCAACCUUGCAAAUUUAGAACAUGCUUUUUUUGUAGCAGAAAAACUCGGUGUUGCCAGACUUCUGGAUCCUGAAGAUGUUGAUGUUUCCUCACCUGAUGAGAAAUCAGUAAUAACUUAUGUGUCAUCACUUUAUGAUGCAUUUCCCAAAGUACCAGAAGGUGGUGAAGGCAUUGGUGCAAAUGAUGUUGAAGUCAAAUGGGUUGAGUAUCAGAAUAUGGUGAACUACCUCAUGCAGUGGAUCAGACACCAUGUUACAAUAAUGUCUGACAGAACGUUUCCCAACAAUCCUGUGGAGUUGAAGGCACUUUAUAAUCAAUAUUUACAGUUUAAAGAAACAGAAAUUCCACCAAAGGAGAUAGAUAAAUCAAAAAUUAAACGUCUAUAUAAACUGCUGGAGGUCUGGAUAGAAUUUGGACGCAUCAAACUUCCUCAAGGCUAUCAUCCAAAUGAUAUAGAAAAAGAAUGGGGAAAGCUUAUUAUUGCAAUGCUGGAAAGAGAGAAGACCCUUCGGCCUGAAGUAGAGAGGUUGGAAAUGCUGCAGCAGAUUGCAAACAGAAUUCAGCGGGACAGCCGGAGCUGUGAGGACAAACUGAUACUUGCCCGGAAUGCUCUGCAGUCUGACACCAAGCGAUUAGAGUCAGGGCUUCAGUUCCAACAUGAAGCAGAGAUAGCUGGGUAUCUUCUUGAAUCUGAGAACCUUCUCCGCCAGCAAGUGAUUGAUGCCCAAAUUCUUAUUGAUGGAAAAUACUAUCAGGCAGACCAGCUCGUGCAGAGGGUUGCAAAACUUCGUGAUGAACUGAUGGCCAUACGUACUGAAUGUUCUUCCGUGUACAGCAAGGGACAUGCACUGACAACAGAGCAGACAAAGCUGAUGAUAUCAGGAAUAACUGAAAGCUUAAACUCAGGAUUUACAACAAACCUAACCCCUGAAUUAAAUGCUGCAAUGACCCAAGGUUUAACACCUUCUUUGACUUCUUCCAGCUUGACAUCUGGCCUCUCAUCAGGUCUUACUUCCAGGAUGACACCAGCCAUCACUCCUGCUUACACACCUGGCAUCCCACCACGGUUAAUCCAAAGCUAUGUUACAGGAGUAGACAGUGGGACUCUUCAAACACUCAAACUGAUGCAAAUCAGAAAACCUCUUAUGAAAUCAGCUUUUGUGGAUCAGAAUUUAACAGAAGAAGAGGUGAACAUGAAAUUUGUCCAGGACCUAUUGAACUGGGUGGAAGAAAUGCAGGUGCAACUUGAUCGGGCAGAAUGGGGAUCAGAUUUACCAAGUGUUGAAAGCCAUUUAGAAAAUCACAAAAAUGUCCACAAAGCUAUUGAAGAAUUUGAAUCCAGCCUUAAAGAAGCUAAAAUGAGCGAGAUCCAAAUGACUGCCCCUCUUAAACUCAGUUAUGCAGAAAAAUUGCACAAACUGGAGAGUCAGUAUUCAAAACUCUUGAACACAUCAAGAAAUCAGGAAAGACAUCUAGAUACUCUUCACAAUUUUGUGUCUCGUGCUACUAGAGAGCUGAUAUGGCUGAACGAAAAAGAAGAGGAAGAGGUUGCCUAUGACUGGAGUGAAAGAAACCCCAAUAUAACGAGAAAAAAGGAAUACCACGCAGAAUUAAUGAGAGAACUUGAUCAGAAAGAAGAAGUAAUUAAAUCAGUACAAGAAAUAGCAGAGCAAUUGCUUCUUGAAAAUCACCCAGCUAGGCUAACCAUUGAGGCCUAUAGAGCUGCAAUGCAGACACAAUGGAGCUGGAUUCUCCAGCUCUGUCACUGUGUUGAACAGCAUUUGAAAGAAAAUGCUGCAUAUUUUGAGUUUUUCAGUGAUGCCAAAGAGGCCAUGGAAUAUCUAAAGAAUUUGAAAGAUGCCAUAUACCGAAAAUACAGUUGUGAUAGAACAAGCAGCCUUCAUAGGCUGGAAGACCUUGUCCAGGAAUCUAUGGAAGAAAAGGAACAACUCUUGCAGUAUAAGAGCACAGUAGCAGGCCUUGUAGGGAGAGCAAAGGCAAUAAUUCAGCUGAAGCCAAGGAACCCUGACUGUAUACUGAAAACAUCCAUCCCAAUUAAAGCCAUCUGUGACUAUAGACAAAUUGAGAUAACUAUUUACAAGGAUGAUGAGUGUGUUUUAGCAAACAACUCCCAUCGUGCUAAAUGGAAAGUCAUUAGCCCAAGUGGUAAUGAGGCCAUGGUUCCAUCUGUAUGCUUUACAGUUCCUCCACCAAACAAAGAAGCAAUAGAUACAGCCAACAGGAUUGAACAGCAAUUUCAGAAUGUACUGGCCCUUUGGCAUGAGUCACAUGUAAACAUGAAGAGCGUGGUUUCCUGGCAUUACCUUACAAAUGAAAUUGAAGCCGUUCGAGCUGGCAAUGUUGCCUCGAUAAAAACCAUGCUGCCAGGUGAACAUCAGCAGGUUCUAAGCAAUUUGCAAUCCCGCUUUGACGAUUUUGUGGAAGAUAGCCAGGAGUCCAAAAUCUUUACAAGCUCUGAUACAGCACAGCUGGAAAGGGAAGUUAAUAUUUGCAAGCAAUACUAUCAAGAGCUUCUGAAAUCUGCAGAAAGAGAGGAACAGGAAGAAUCUAUUUACAACCUAUACAUCUCAGAAGUCAGAAAUAUCAGACUUCGGCUGGAGAGUUGUGAGGAGCGGUUAAUUCGACAGAUCCGAACCCCAAUGGAAAGGGAUGACCUACAUGAAAGUGUGUUUAGGAUUUCAGAGCAAGAGAAACUGAAGAAGGAGUUGGAUAGACUGAAAGAUGACUUGGGAGGCAUCACAGAUAAAUGCGAAGAGUUCUUCAGUCAAGCUGCUGGUUCACCUUCAGUUCCUACUCUGCGCUCUGAACUAAAUAUUGUUAUUCAGAAUAUGAACCAAGUUUAUUCUAUGUCUUCCAUUUACAUAGAUAAAUUAAAAACUGUAAAUUUGGUGUUGAAGAACACCCAAGGAGCGGAAUCAUUAGUAAAACUUUAUGAAACUAAGCUGUGUGAAGAAGAGGCAGUAACUGCUGACAAAAAUAACAUUGAAAAUCUUAUGGGUACAUUAAAGCAAUGGAGAUCUGAAGUAGAUGAGAAAAGAGAAGUGUUCCAUGCCUUAGAGGAUGAGCUGCAGAAGGCAAAGAUGAUCAGUGAUCAGAUGUUCAAAAUGCACAAGGAGCGUGAUCUUGACUUCGACUGGCAUAAAGAAAAAGUUGAUCAGUUAGCUGAGAGGUGGCAAAAUAUUCAUUCUCAAAUCGAGAAUAGGUUGCGUGACUUAGAAAGUAUUAAUAAAUCUCUGAAGUACUACAAAGAUACUUACAAUUCAUUGGACACUUGGAUUCAACAAGUGGAAGAUACUCAGCGAAAGAUUCAAGAAAUUCAUCCUGAAAAUAGCAAAGCACUGGCUAAACAGCUGAACCAACAUAAGAUGCUGGUUUCUGAGAUUGAGAUGAAACAAAGCAAAAUAGAUGAAUGCCAGAAAUAUGCAGAACAGUACUCAGCUGCUGUGAAGGACUACGAGUUGCAGACUAUGACAUACAGGGCUAUGGUUGACUCCCAACAAAAAUCUCCAGUGAAACGUCGAAGAAUGCAAAGCUCAUCAGACUUCAUUAUUCAAGAGUUCAUGGAUUUACGGACUCGUUACACUGCCUUAGUGACCCUGAUGACGCAGUACAUAAAGUUUGCAGGUGAUUCUCUGAAAAGACUGGAAGAGGAAGAGAUAUUAAGGAAGGAGGAGGCAUCAGUGCGUGAGGCUUAUUCAGAUCUAAUGGCACAGCAAAAUAGCACGACUGAUGAGAACAGAAAACUCAUGGGAAAGGUAAAAGCACUUGAGGAGUUGUUGGAGGAUCUGAAGAAACAAAAAUUCCAAGUGGAGCAGGAACUCCCCAAACUGAGGGAAGCUGCAGAAAAUGAGCGGAAAAAGCAGCAAAAGGAUAUGGAAGAGAUCUGUCUUCAGAAGACCAAGGCUGAGCAAGAGGCAAAGCAGUGUCGUUUAGAUCUAGAGAGCACUGAGAAAGAGAAAGCAGAUGCAAAGCAGGAGUUGGAGUGUGUAAGGCAGCUUGUUUUUCAGGCAGAGACUCAAAGAAGUAUACUGGAAGAAAACCUCCGAGCUUUUCGAAACCAAAUAGAAGAAAGCACCUUUACCAGAAGAAACCUUGAAGAACAUCUGAGAAGAAAGGAUACUAAUCUUCAUGAUUUAGAGCAACAAAAAAAAUCCCUUAUGCAGGAGCUGAAGAAAAAAACAGAAGGAGAAGAGAAACUUAUGAAACUGAUAAAGCAAAUGGAGCAAGAUCUUGAGUGUAAAGGGAAUCUAUCAGAAAUAAAGCUGAAAGAAAAAGAGAAAACUGAAGCCAGAAGGAAGGUUGUUGAAGGCAGGUACUCUGUAACGAGAGAAACUUCCCUGGCAACUUACACAGCUGGGCAAAGCAGCCAGUGUAAGGCUGAUUCUGAAAUUACAAGUUUCCAGAGGAAACAAGAAGCAAAAAUUGUAGAAGAACUAAAGCAGAAGGUGGAUGAACUAAAUCUUGCUAACAAGAAAGCUGAUAAAACUAUUAAAGACCUCAAAUAUGAACUGAAUGAAAUUGAGCUUCAAAAAUCAUCAACAGAAGAAAAGUCUCGUUUAUUAAAAGAAAAAUUAGAUGAAGUCAAUAGUGAACUUAAAUGCCUAAAAAUUAAGUUGGAGGAAAAAGACCAAGUAGAGCAGGGAUAUUUGCAACAGUUGAAAGAACUGGACAAACAGUUACAUAGAACUACAGGUAAAGCUGAAGAGGUGAUGCAGGAAGCUAUAGAUCUUAAGAAAAUUAAGAUGAACUAUCAGGAGGAGCUGAAAUCUGUUCAUCAGGAAAAGGCACAUCUAAAAAGAGAAGUAGAGGAAUUAACUAGAUCACAGGCAAAAACUGAAAUCACUAUCAAACAUUUAAAUUCACAAAUCAGUUCUCUUCAAAAAGAGAAGCUGGCAGCUGAGCACAGAACACAGUCGUGCAAAGGAGAAGCAAGUAAUCUUCAGGACAAAUAUAAGAAAAUACAGGAAGAAUUGCUUCAAAAAACAAAAGUAGAAAAAGAGUACCAGCAUGAAAUCCAGAUGCUGAAGAAUGAAUUAGCCAAAAGUAAUCAUGUGUCAGAAACAUUGAAACGAAAGAUAGAGGACCUUAAUAAAUGGAACACUGAAACAAAACUACUAAUGAAGCAAAUUCAGUCUGAGUCAGAGAAGAUGACUUUGGAAAAACAAAGUAUUCAGAGGAAAAAUGAUGCGUUAAAAAGCCUAGCAGAUGGUUUCAAAGAGCAACUGCGUACAACAAAUGAACAAUUGCACAAGCAAACAAUAAUGGAGCAAGAAUUCCUAUGUAAAAUCAAAAGUCUAGAAGAUGAUCUAGCAAAAACAAAAGAUUUAGCUAGUGAAUAUAAACAAAAAUGUGAUAAACAAAGUGCUUCCACCCUAACCAUUGACCUGGAGAUUAAAAAUCUAAAUGCCCAAAUGUGUGCUCUAACUACAGAAAAGAAAAUGAGUGAACAGAAAAUACAACUACAGGAAGUUCAUAUACAAGAACUAAGUAGUAAAUUAAAAAAAUUACAAGAUGAACUCCACCAGAAGACUCUGGAUGAACAAAUGGCACGCAAGAAAAUGAUUCUGUUUCAGGAAGAAUCAAUCAAGUUUAAACACUCUGCAGAGGAAUUUAGGAAAAAAGUGGAAAAAUUACUGGAAUCUCAUAGCAACACAGAAAAGGAUAUUUCUGGCAUAAAACUAGAGUGUGUUGCUCUUCAGCAGGAAAAGCAUAUGGCUGAGGAAAACAUCAUGUUGUACAAAAAACAGAUUGAAGAUCUGCAAGAAAGGCUUAAAAAAAGUCAUGAGCAACUGCAGCAAGGGAAGCAUGCUGAAAUGGACUAUCACCAGAAGUGCAGGAAACUUGAGGAAGAGUUGGAAGUGCAGAAGCGCUUGGUUGAGGGCUUGAAACAGAAAAUGGACUUGCAGGUCAAGGAGAGUGAACACAGAUUUCUUUUGUUUCAGAAUGAAGUUCAGCAAAAUAAUAAAUUCAAAGAUUGUGGAUUUAACUUGAGCUGUGAGAGAAGAGGGAAUUACUUGAAUGACACCUCAGCUAGAGAAUUUGAACAACUUCUUCCACAUGCAAAACCUCACUCACCUUUGUUCAGGCAGAAACAGGAGAGGUCAGGCUUUACGACUGGUCAAAUAGAAGAAAAUACGCUGUAUGUGAGUGCUGAUGAUACCAUACCAAAGGAGGUGCAGUUCCAGAUGUCGAGAAUAAACCAAUCACUUGAAGAUGGAAACCCACAGUCUUUUACAGAGUUUGUUUCUCAGACGAGUACACAGUUCCAGAUAACUUUUGAUAAAGCAAGCGAAAUCAGUGGAACAUCUGAAAGAGACAAAUUAAGAAACAGGAACCUACACAGUUCCAGACAAACUAUUAGGCCUGGAGAAGACAUGAAACAUGAAUUAGGAUUAGUAAAACUGCAUCCCUUGGAGAAGUCAAUGGAAGAAGAAAAGAAGGAACAUGUUGAGAAAGCUGGGGAUUUGCUGAAAUGGGUGUCAAACCUAAGCAAGACACUCAGCAAAGAAGGAGGAGAAAAGGCUGAAAAGACAGAUUUGCCUAAGCAGCAGGUUUCCCUUGAUGAAAUGUCAACCAAGAAGGAACAAAUAGCUGAAGCUCUGCAGACUAUUCAAGCAUUUUUAGCUAAGCACAGUGACAAAAUGACAGAUGAAGAGAGGAAUGAAAUGGAAAAACAAGUCAGAUCCCUUCAGGAGAGCUACAGCUUAUUAUCCAAUGAAGCUUUGAAGCAGCUGCAGGAAGCACAGUAUUUGGAUGAUGAAAAGAUGGAAGAAAAGGUGAAUAAUGUCAUUGCUGGUAUCAUUGACCAAACAACUGGAGAAGUCCUUUCAGUUUUUCAGUCUGUUCUAAAAGGUUUUAUUGACUAUGACACUGGAGUUAGAUUGCUCGAAAAUCAGCUGAUCCUCACUGGAAUCAUUUCUCCAGAAUCAGGAGUAUGUUAUGAUUUGGAAGAAGCUAAAGCUCAUGCCUUAAUUGAUCAGCAGACUCUGUUGCAGUUGCAGGAAUUAAAUAAUGCAAAGAAACUUAUUUCAGAAUCAUCAUUAUCAAACCUUCCAGUUGUGUCAGCUUUAGAACAAGGUCUAAUUUCAGAACCUUUAGCUAUUAAGAUUCUUGAGAAUCAGCUUUCAAGUGGGCACUUGAUUUUGCCAUCUACUGGAGAGCACCUGACUUUGCAGAGUGCUUUCCAGAGAAACCUGAUUUCUCCAACAUUAUAUGCAAAGCUUCUGGAAAAAGACACUUGUAAAGAUCUCAUAGACCCUAACUGUGCUGAAAAGAUUUCCCUUGAACAGAUGGUUCAUAGAAGCAUAAUACAUGAAGAAACAGGGUUAAGACUCUUACCUGUGAAACCACAAGAAAAAGGUAGAAUCACAUUCAAAUGUGGAAGGAAGAUAACUAUUUUGAGGGCAGCCCAUGAAGGACUCAUCGACCGGGAAACAAUGUUCAGGCUGCUGGGGGCUCAGAUGAUGUCUGGAGGUAUAAUUGACCCUGACUCAGGGAAACGACUGACUGUGGAAGAGGCAAUGAAACAAGGGAUGAUAGAUCAGGACACCGCUUGUGGGAUCCUCACACAUCAGGUUCAGGCUGGUGGAAUCCUUUGUCCAAAUUCAGGCCAACGCUUGACUGUUGAUGAAGCUGUACAAUGCAAUUUAAUAUCAUCAACCAGUGCACUGCUGGUAUUAGAAGCACAGAGAGGCUUUGUUGGACUUAUAUGGCCUCACACGGGUGAAAUAUUCCCAAUAUCAACUUCUUUGCACCAAGAGAUGAUAACAAAUGAGCUGGCAUUCAAAAUACUAAAUGAUAGGCAGAAAAUAGCUGCACUUUAUAUUCCAGAAACUUGUGAAGUACUCGGUCUAGAUCAGGCUGCACAGUCAGGGUUAAUAGAUAUCAAUACUGUGUCUGUUCUGAACAGUGUGAUUUUACCAGAUAAAAUGCCCAGUGUAGAAGAAUUAGAAUCCCCUUGUAAAAAUGUUGCAAAAUGGUUAUCAACAUAUGAGCUCUUGCCAUCUGUAUUUCAUGACUGUGAGGAAGAACACGAAGAUUCUGGCACACAAGACCCUGUAUGUCGUAAUACAGAUCAAGCUAAGAAGUUAUUCAUAUCUUAUCUGAUGGUAAAUAGUUAUAUGGAUGCAAACACUGGAAGAAGACUUUUAUUGUAUGAUGGACAACUGCAAGAAGCCAUCAGUAUGUUGCUGGAAGGGGAUAUUUCUUCGUACAAUAUUGAUGAAAAUGAGUUUAGCCCUAAAGGAAUUAAUCAAAAGUCAGCUGACGAUGUCCAUUUUAGUAAUAUUGCGGGCAAUGUUCAAGGUGGUCUUUUAGGUGUUGAAAGCACUUCUAAUGACAGAAAGUUAAUUCAGUUUGAUGAUUUAGGGAAUGAUAAAUGUUUACAGGAAAAAGAUGUCCAUGUGUGUAGAUCAGAUGUUUGCAAUACUAGUGGUACUGAGCAAUCCGAAUAUGCACAGGAGAUGUUGGUAACUAAACCUCCAGAACUUAGAAAUGUAGAAAGUAGCACUCAAAAUUCCACGGACAGAAAUGUGCUCAAAGGUCUUCUGGAGGAUUCUGAGUGGAUGCAGGUAGAGCUGUGUAAGCAUAAUGAUCAGAAAGCAAAUUCAGGAAACAUUGAAGGAUUUCUUCUAAAUGACUCAAAUCCAAAUCUUUUUUCAGAAACAGGGAAAGAGGAUAUUCUUUUGGCAGACAGUCUGUGUAAGGAAAACAGUAAUGAUAAAACCUUACAAAAGGCCUCGAGUGUGACUGACUUGUCAGAUAGUAAAAUCUGGAGAGACGUGGAAAGGUGCAUGCAAUAUGAGCCUCACGUACUAGAAGGUGACAGUUUUAGAAUGGUGCUGGAUAAUGGAAAGAAAGAUGACUUUCAGAGGAGUUUUGGUUCAUCUAUCAGUGCAGAUACUGAAUAUAGGCUUCCAGAAGAAUCAGAGAGCCGAUGUGGUCACACGCUACAGUUAGAAGAUAAUGGAUAUAGUGAGCAACCUCUACCGGGCUCCACUGAUGUGUAUAACAGGGCAUCCCUAGAGGACCAUCCCUACAGACAUGGCAGGCCGUCUCUGGAGGGUUGUACUGAUUUGCCACAUAAGCUUUGUCUAGAAGAUGGUAGAGACAUACAGUGGACACCCUUGUUGGAAAGCAAUACUGUUACACACGACGGACCUUCUGUGGGGGACAGUAACAGCACAGCACAAAGUCUAGCAAUAGAAGAAGGCGAUCUGCCAUUUGACAGGUUAUUACCAGGUAGUAGUUCUGACUCAUCACUGGAAGGCAGUGAUAGCAUCCCACAGUUGGAAAGUAACCACUUGGAGCAUGAAUAUGGUGAGGUAGCCUCUGAAGGGGACAGCUCGCUGUUUGAUGACGACGACGACGAUGCCUACGAAACUCCUCAGGUUGAUGAUGAUGACAGUGAUGUCUAUGGUUCUCCACAAAUUGAUGAUGACGAGUCCUAUGACACCCCUCAAGGUGAUGAUGAUUUUGAUACCUUGCAGUUAAGGGAUGUUGAUACACCAGAGCCAGAGAAUGUUCCAUUGGGAAAAGAGGAGGGCGGUGGUCUGAUAGCUCUGGGAAAAGAGAACAACUCUUUUCAAGAACUUCCAAUUAGUGCUGGAGAGAAUGGCCAUUACUUAAGGGAUGUAAAUCUGAUAGGUCUACCUGACAGCAUAAAUACAGCUUCUGCAAGGGCUGAAAUGUUGGAAACAGUCCUUGAGGAGGAAAGGGAAAGAAUAGGGGGCUUUGGAGAGAAGCAAAAACUACCAGUUACUCUGGAGAGUGAAGGAAGAAAGGAGGAAUGCCUCACUUCUUUAUUGAAUUUGUAUGAAACAAACGUACAGCGAGACAGAAAUGAGGAUGAAAUGAAAGCAGAAAGCACCUCCAGUGAGGAUGAAUCUGAAGGAACACAGGAGGAGGAAGAUUAUGAUUAUGACUGUAUUGAUUAUGAUAGUUACGACGACUCUGAUACUGAUUCUGACAGUGAUGAAGAAAUGGAUACUUUUUACUCACACCAUCAAUGUAAAAACAAAGAUGAGCAGCUGUUAAUUUCUGUAGGAGACAUAGAAAAUAGUGACGAAAAUAAACAGGAUAUUGAUGACUUUUGCUAUUCUUUAGGCCACCAGACAGGGUACAGUUUGCAAUUCCAGUCCAACCAUGGCAAUAGAAAACUGUCCUUGGGAAAAUGUGAAGCUUCAUCGGAUGUUUGUGAGGAAAGAUGUGUUGGUGUCACAUGUACAAGCAAAGAAGAAAGACAACAGAAAACAGAAAACGAAUAUGGGAUUUAUGUCGAAAGUAAACACAUGUCACAAGAUCCUACAGAGCAUAUUCGGUCUGAAAAUACCUUUGACACUAAAUGGAUGUCCUGUAAGAGUGAAGAAAGCAAUAGAACACAGAUUCUUGAUGAUACUAUGACAUCUGACAUUAAUGUAACACCAUUCCUAAUUACAAAGCAACCGAAUGGUGAUGAUGAAAGUACUCAGACGAAUAUGCUUCUCUCUGAAUGCUUUACUGAGAGCAUGAACAAAACCAAUAAUACUAUGCCAAUAUUACACUCAAGUCAUGGACAAAGACAAAGAGAAGCAGUAUUUGCAGAGAAAAAAAUAUUAAAUGACAUGGCUGGUAUGGAACAACUAAAGGCAAGUUCAUCCCAAAAGGACACUGAAUUCCUCACAGAUGUGCCUUAUCCAAGUGAUGAUAGCUCACUUCGUGACCAGGUAGACCCAAUUACCAACAGGAAGCAUGAUCAAAUAGGAGAAGGUUUUGAAAUUCGUGCAGAAAAUAAAGAUAGAGAAAAUAUUAUAAAGGAAUGUGAUAUUAUGGAGCUAAGUAAAAGUCCCAUACUUAUGGAAAGUCUUGGGGAAAUAUUUGAUGCAUCAGCAACUAAGGCUGAUAGAGAAAAUCCUAAUUCAAGUAAAGAAAAAGUAAAUAUUGGCCAGAUUUUGCCCGACAUUGGGGAGACAGUUGUCUGUCAAAGUACUGACAGUGUUCAUAAAGACAUCUCAGAAAACAGGAGUAGCAGUGAUAAUGAACUUACCCUUACAAAAGCAGGUGCUUUAGGAAGCACUGAGGAUGCCAAAGAAUCAGGGGAUGGGAUUGUUGUGCUACCUUCUGGGAAUCAUACACAUACCACUGAUGCUUCUUCUGCAAUUCUGAGCAGCGUAGGGGCUGACUUGAUUAAUGUUGACCAGAAAGAAUAUGAAGGGCUGAAAAACACAAAGGGUGAGUUCCUGUCCAGUGAGACUUCUUCCUUUGAAAGUGGUUUCAAAAAACAAAUGUCCAUGGAAUCAUUACAAACGGAAAUAGGACCUUGCAAAGAUUUCCAAGUAAAGAAGGGCUUUUCACAGUCACCAGAAGUGUCUGACACACUAAUGGAAGACUUAAAGAAUAUAUUACAAAGGAAAUUGAAGGUGGGACAUAUUUACUGCAAGGAAGAGGGUGAACCCCUAAGUUACUCUGAUACCAAAACUCUGAUGCAAAAUUUACUUGCAAUGGUUAGAAGCACCCAGCCUGGAAGCAGCAUGUCUUGUGAGUCAAAUCUUAGUCAAACAAGCAGUACUGUUAGAACAGCAUUAAUGGUUACUACACCACCCACAGAGCCGAAGGACAGCGAUGCUCUUUCCUUGCUCUGGCCUGAUUGCAGAAGUCCUGAUCUUCUUCGUGAUAUCCUGAAGCAGGAAUCCUGUAAGCAAAAGAUGGAUGAUCCAAAAGAAAUGAAGAGUGAAAUAGACCAAAAGGUGAAAGGUCCUGUUCCAAAACUUAGGACUUCUGAGCUUACGGAGAUUUUUCAAAUGUCAUCUGGAGAUGAAUGUACAAGCAAGUUAGAGGAGCUGAUAAGUGGUUUGCUUACGAGCUCACAGGUUGCUGGCAUCACCACAGGACAUGAAGGUAAAGGCAAAGUAGAUGGGCUUUGUACUCUUUUCUCCACAGAACAACCAGAGUUUGGAUCUGAAAUUCCUAAAGAGAAAACAUUGGCAGAUGACAUAGCUGUUGCUUGGAAAAUUGACCAGGAGCAUGAGAAGACAGACAGCCUUUCCAAAGGUGUUACUGAACCUGCUUACAAAAGCAAAGAAGCAGUCCUGGCUGACAACCUCACUAGCAUGGUCGAUGGAGUACAGAAAUGUUUCAAGUUAACAGAGAAAAUGAGAGAACAUUUGACGGUGCUUCAAGAAAUGAAAAGCCACCUAGAUAACCAGAAAGCUAUUAGUAGCAACCUGGAAAUACUAAAAGAACAAUUAGAACAACUAGAGUCAUUUGAAUCUGGAUUGGCUACCUUUGCAAUUAUCUUAAAAAAGGAUACAAAGUUGACAGAAGAGUUUUUAAAGUUUAAUCACAAGGAUGUUCCCCAAGAGAAACUUCAAGAGCUAAAGAUAAGCUAUGACUAUCUGCAGGAAGCAUUUUUGGUGGUCUGUGAUGCAUCUUCAAAACGAGCAAAACAAAUAGUCUGUGCUAUUGACUCAGAAAUGUCUAAGCUUGCAGAAUCACAUCAGCAACUUUUAAGCAAACUCCAGAGAUUUUCGGACUGGAUCUCAGAACACAGUAAAAUCGUGAAUGACUUCACAGUGAAUACUAAUGACAUUGAAGAUAUGAAGCAAAGUUUACAACUACUCAAAAACGCUGCUGCAGAGCUUGGCUGUACAAAAAUGCAACUGGAGUCCACUGCGUUUGAUGUUCAGUUCUUCAUUUCUGAACAUGCCCAAGAUCUUUCUCCUAAUCAGAGCAAACAGCUUCUGAGGCUCUUAAAUACCACCCAAAAAUCUUUUCAGGAAGUACAGGAAGCAAUAACAUCUCAAGUGGAAAGUUUAGAGACUCAGUUAAAGGCAGCGCAAGAGCUGGGUGAUCAGAAGGAUGUGGCUGAACGGCAGCAGGAAUGCAAAGAGAAACUGCAGGAAAUAUGUGAUUUGCUUAGACAGACUGAAAAUCGACUCAUUGGACAGCAAGAGUCUCUUGUUAUUGGAGACAGCAAGGCUGAGCUAGAACAGUACCAGACCAGACAAGAGGAGAUACAAAAAGACAUGAGAGCAAGUGCCCAGACAUUGGCAGAGAUUGUGAAAAAUACUGAAACCUUCUUGAAAGAAAACGGAGAGAAGUUGUCACAAGAAGACAAGACUAUUCUUGAACAGAAACUGAAUGAAGCUAAGACAAAGUGUUUGCUCCUUAGCCAGAAGGCAGAAGAGUCCAAAAAAGAACUGGAUAAGGCUAUGACAACAGCAAUUAAACAGGAAACAGAAAAGGUCGCAGCCAUAGAACAGCUGGAAGAAAGUAAAAAUACAAUAGAAAAUCUCUUGGAUUGGUUAUCAAAUGUGGAUAAAGAAGCAGAGCACGGUAGGAAAUUCAAGCAGGCAAUAGAACAGAAUGGAACGCACUUUGAAGAGGGAGAUAUGAAGGUUUUGGAAGGAGAAGAGGAUGAUGUCAAUGGUAAUCUGUUGGAAAUAGAGCAAGACAUUGAAAGUCAAGUGGAUGGACUAGUAAAAAGCACAGAAGAUAAUCUGAACCAGCAGUAUCAGAAAGUCAAGGCUCAACAUGAGAAAAUUAUUUCACAGCAGCAGGCUGUCAUAAUAGCAACUCAAUCUGCUCAGGCACUACUUGAGAAGCAAGGCCACUACCUUUCCCCUGAAGAAAAAGAGAAGAUGCAAAGGAACAUGAAAGAGCUGAAGGCUCAGUACGAGACUGCCUUAGCUGAAUCUGAACGGAAAAUGAAGAUGACUCAUUCUCUGAGGGAAGAACUGGAGAAGUUUGAUACAGACUAUAGUGAAUUCGAAACCUGGCUGCAGCAGGCAGAACAAGAACUGGACAAUUUGGAGGCUGGUGCUUCUGACUUCAGCGGUAUUAUGGUCAAAUUGAAAAGGCAAAAGAGUUUUUCAGAAGAUGUUAUAUCUCACAAAGGUGAUUUACGGUAUAUUACAAUUUCUGGACAAAGAGUUCUGGACGCAGCAAGGUCAUGUAGCAAAAGAGACGGUGUCAAGGUUGACAAAGAUGGCAUUGAUACUUCGGCUACUUAUGCUGAAGUGCAAAAUAAACUGGAUAGUGCUUCAGAUCGUUUUAAAUCUCUCUAUACUAAGUGUAGCAUCCUUGGAAAUAACCUUAAAGACCUGGCAGAUAAAUACCAGCAUUAUGAAGAUGCCUCAUCUGGACUUUUGUCAGGUCUUCAGGCCUCUGAAAUAGCUGUUAACAAACAACUGUCAGAGCCAAUUGCAGUGGAUCCCAAAAAUCUCCAAAGACAACUGGAAGAAACAAAGGUUCUUCAAGGACAAGUGUCUAACCACCAAAUUGCUGUAGAAAAACUGAAAAAAGCUGCUGAAGUGCUUUUGGAUACCAGAGGGGAGUUGACACCAGACAAAGAUGAGAUUCAGAAAACACUGGAUGAUAUUGUGGAGAGAUAUGACAAUUUAUCAAAGUCUGUGAAUGAAAGGAAUGAGAAGCUCCAAAUAACUCUGACACGAUCCCUAAGUGUGCAGGAUGGUUUGGAUGAAAUGCUGGAUUGGAUGGAAGGCGUUGAAAAGAGCCUUGAAGAAAAAGAUCAAGUGCCUUUGAAUUCUGCUGCUAUUCAGGAUAUCAUUAGUAAAAGCAUUAUGCUAGAACAAGACAUUGCAGGUCGCCAAAGCAGUAUAAACACGAUGAAUGAGAAAGUGAAGAAGUUCAUGGAAACAGCAGAUCCAUCCACUGCAUCCUCACUGCAAGCUAAAAUGAGUGAACUUGCAGGACGGUUUUCUGCAGCAAGUAAGAAGCAUAAAGAAAAGCUGAUGAAAAUGGAGGAGUUGAAGACUAAAGUGGAGUUAUUUGAAGGUCUGACAGAAAAACUCCAGUCGUUCCUAGAUGAGAAAAACCAGGCUCUCAGUGAGACCGAGGCUCCAAGAAAGGAUGUUAGUGAAGUAUCUCAGUAUAUGCAGGAGGCUAGUGUAGAAUUGGCACAGCAUAAGAAAGAUCUGGAAGUUUUGCAGCAGCUUCUUGAAGAACUUUCAUUCCAUGCUCUUCCUGGGGAUAAAGCAUUGGUAGUAGAAAAAGUAAAUGCUUUGUCAAAAAAAUUCAGAGAGGUAGAGGAGACCGUAAAAGAAAAGGAAGAGGAUGUAUCAUCUUGUCAGAAAGAGAUGGAUGCUUUUGAGCUACUUGUGGAAUCUUUAAAGAAAUGGAUAAAAGAGACAACAGAACGUAUUCCAGCAGCACAACCCUCUCUGAAUACAGAGGAGUUAAAGAAGCCUUUGGAAGAUACCUUGAAUUUAAAAGAUGAAUGGACGUUAAAAGCAACUGAAGUGCAGAAAAUGAAUAGCAGAGGAACGUUGUUGUGUAAUCUGAUUACUGCUGUGACUUCUCCUGCAAAACUGAGAGCAGUUGCAAAAUCAGGUGGCGCAGUGUUAAAUGGUGAAGGUGGAGCUCCAGGAACUCAGGAUUUUCUGAAAAAUAAAGAACUGACAACUGUUCAACAAGCCAUGUCUGAUGUAAAUCAUAGUUAUGAAGAUUUGGGAGUUUUACUGAAGGAAAAGAUUUCAGAACUAGAAAGUAUGCUUUCAAAAAUGCAAAAUAUUCAGGAAGAAUCAGCCUCAAUGAUGCAGUGGUUACAAAAAAUGGACAAAACUGCAUCAGACUGGGAAGCUGCUCCAACUGAUAGUGAAGCUGUUAAAGCUCAAGUCGAGCAACAUAAGCUAUUUGAAACUGAAUUAAAGCAAAGUGCAAAUAAAGUGCAGGAGCUAAAGGACAAAGUGACAGAGCUGUUGGAGAAGAACCCAGACUCUCCGGAGGCACCCAAAUGGAGACAAACAUUGGAUAAAAUAGAUUCCAAGUGGAAAGAGCUCAAUCAAGUUACAUCUGAGAGACAACAAAAACUGGAAGAGUCUUCAAAUUACCUGACCCAGUUCCAGACAGCAGAAGCUCAGCUAAAGCACUGGCUCGUAGAAAAGGAGCUAAUGGUCAGUGUGCUGGGACCCCUGUCAAUCGAUCCAAAUAUGCUGAAUACACAAAAGCAACAGGUUCAGAUUCUGCUCAAAGAAUUUGACACCAGAAAGCCACAAUACGAGCAGUUAACUAUGGCUGGUGAAGGGAUCCUGAAGAGACCUGGUGAACAUCCUCCCUCUCAUGAGGCUGUGAAGGAGCAACUGGCAGCUGUGGCACAAAAAUGGGACAACCUCACUGGCCAGCUGAGUAACAGAUGUGACCGAAUUGACCAAGCCAUUGUGAAAAGCACAGAGUACCAAAGCCUACUCAGAAGUCUGUCUGACAAGCUAAGUGCCUUGGAUAGCAAACUGAGCAGCAGCCUGGCUGUGAGCACACAACCUGACGCUGUGAAACAACAACUGGAAAUUGCUAAAGAAAUGAAGGAGGAAAUAGAACGGGAAAUGAAGAAUAUAAACGCAGCUCGAGCUCUUUGUGAAGAGCUGUCAGCACUGGUUGGAGAAGAGUAUUUGAAAGCAGAACUUACGAGACAGUUAGAUGGCAUCCUAAAAUCGUUCAAGGAUAUUGAGCAAAAAUCAGAUAACCAUGUUCAGCAGCUUCAGUCAGCGUACGCCACUUCUCAUCAGUUCCAGCAAAUGUCUAAGGACUUCCAGGCCUGGCUAGACAAAAAGAAAGAAGAGCUGAACCAGGCUCGUCCUGUGUCGGCCAAACUUGAAACCUUGCAGUCCUUAAUUGAAGAACAGAAAGAUUUUAAGAAGACUCUGACCAAUGAAAUUGGUUCAUAUGAAAAAAUUGUUGCAGAAGGAGAAAGCAUCUUACAGAAGACUCAAGGAGCUGACAAAGCAGCCUUACAGUCCCAAAUUGCCACACUUAGGAGUAACUGGGAUGAAAUGGAUAAGCAGGUAAAAGAAAGGCAAGAUAAAUUAACAGACUGUCUGGAGAAAGCCCUCAAAUAUAAACAGCAUGUAGAAAAUUUGCAGCCAUGGAUAGAGAAAUGCCAAAGCAACCUGUCUGAAUUAAAAGUUGGCAUCAACCCUGCAGAAAUAGAGAAUUCUGUUGUUCAGGUGAGGGCCUGGCAGAAGGACCUGGAUAAACAUCACGGGAUGGUGGAGCUAUUAAAUAACACUGCUGAAAGUUUGCUCAGCGCAAGUGAAAUAGAUAAAGAAAUUGUUAGAGAAGAAACCAAGGCACUGAAUCAGAAAGUGAAUACGGUCACAGAACAAUUACAUAAGAAGAGAGAGUGCUUGGAAAAUAUGGCACAAAGGCUGAAAGAGUUUCAGGAAUCAUCCAAGGAAACAGAAAAACAGCUUAAAAGUGCCAAAGAGCAUCUGGAAGCUCACGAUUCGCUUGGACCUCAGUCAUUCAGUAACAAACACCUGACAAUGAUGCAGGCCCAGCAGAAGGCUUUACAGACCUUAAAGCCUCAUGUUGAUUUAGUAAAAAAGCUUGCCCAAGACCUGGUGGUAGAAGCUUCUGAUUCAGCUGGUGUUUCUGACCUUUUGCUCCAAGCUGAAUCUUUGGAGCAGGAAUACAAUGCAGUGAACCAGCAGGUUGAAGAUAGGUGCUCGUUCUUGGAGACAAAACUUCAGGGAAUUGGCCAUUUCCAAAACAGCAUCAGAGAGAUGUUCUCUCAAUUUGCAGAGUUUGAUGACGAACUUGAUAGCAUGGCUCCAGUGGGGAGAGAUCUUGAUGUACUGCAAUCCCAGAGAGAGGAUAUAAAACGUUUCCUGAAAAAAUUGGAAGAUCUUAUAAUGAAUAAUGAAAAUGCUAAUAAAAACUGUAAAAUGAUGCUAGCCACAGAAGCUGAAGCUUCUCCUGAUCUUGUUGGUAUAAAGCGAGACUUGGAAGCAUUAAAUAAACAGUGCAACAAGCUCCUAGACAGAGCAAAAGCCAGGGAAGAUCAAGUGGAAGGUACAAUUAGCCGUGUUGAGGAAUUUUACAGUAAGUUAAAAGAAUUUUCCAGUCUGCUUGGGAGAGCUGAAGAGCACGAAGAAUCACAAGGUCCUGUUGGAAUGGAAACAGAAACCAUCAAUCAGCAGCUGGAUACGUUCAAGGUAUUCCAGAAAGAAGAAAUUGAACCCCUGCAAGUUAAGCAACAGGAGGUAAAUUGGUUGGGCCAAGGCCUUAUUCAAAGUGCUGCUAAAAGUACCAACACAGAGAACCUUGAACAUGACCUUGAAGACGUUAACACCCGGUGGAAGACUCUUAAUAAGAAGGUUGCCCAGCGUGCUGCACAAUUGCAGGAAGCUCUCCUUCACUGUGGGAGGUUUCAGGAUGCCCUUGAAUCUCUGCUUAGCUGGCUCAUUGAUACAGAAGAACUUGUGGCUAAUCAGAAACCACCAUCUGCUGAGUUCAAAGUCGUGAAGGCCCAGAUACAAGAACAGAAACUUCUCCAGAGGUUGCUGGAUGACCGCAAGCCUACUGUUGAGGUAAUCAAGCGUGAAGGGGAGAAAAUUGCAGAGUCAGCAGAACCUGCUGAUAAAGUGAAAAUCUUGAAACAGCUGAGUUUCCUCGACAGUCGAUGGGAUGCAUUGCUCAGUAAAGCUGAAACAAGGAACCGCCAGUUGGAAGGCAUCUCAGUGGUAGCACAGCAGUUUCAUGAAGCUCUGGAGCCACUGGUGGAGUGGCUGACCGCCACAGAAAAGAGGCUUGCAAAUGCUGAACCCAUUGGAACGCAGGCCUCCAAACUGCAACAGCAGAUUGCUCAGCAUAAAGCUCUAGAAGAUGAUGUUCUAGCUCACAAUAAGAGUUUACAUCAGGCCAUUAGUAUUGGUCAGUCUCUAAAGACUAUGAGCUCCAGGGAAGAUAAAGAUAUGGUGCAGGAAAAGCUAGAUUCUUCUCAGGCCCGAUACAUUGAGAUUCAAGAGAAGAGCAACAGCAGGUCUGAACUUCUCCAACAAGCCUACUGCAAUGCUCAAAUUUUUGGGGAGGACGAAGUUGAAUUGAUGAACUGGCUGAAUGAAGUCCAUGAUAAACUCAGCAAAUUGUCAGUCCAAGAUUGCAACGCAGAAUUGAUUGAGAAACAGCACUCUGAACUACUGGAUCUUCAGGAGGAGAUUCUUCUUAGAAAACAAAAUGUUGAUUUGGCUAUACAAAAUGGCUUAGAGCUUCUCAAGCAAACAACAGGUGAUGAAGUUGUAAUAAUUCAAGAUAAACUGGAAGGCAUUAAAGCGAGGUACAAAGACAUUACAAAAUUGAGCUCUGACGUGUCCAAGACCUUAGAGCAGGCUCUGCAGCUUGCAGGUCAACUACACUCAACCCAUGAGGAGCUCUGCAAAUGGCUUGAUAAAGUGGAAGUGGAGUUACUGUCAUAUGAAACUCAAAUACCAAAGGGUGAAGAAUUAAGCCAAGCACAAGAAAGACAAAAAGAGCUGAAAAAGGAAGCAAAGAACAACAAAGCCUUAGUGGACACCCUGAAUGAAGUUGGCAGUGCCUUCCUGGAGCUGGUGCCAUGGAGGGCCAGAGAGGGGCUCGACAAGAUGAUAACAGAGGACAACGAGCGAUACAGAUUGGUGAGCGACACGAUCUCGCAGAAGGUGGAUGAGAUUGACGCUGCCAUCCUGAGAUCCCAGCAGUUUGAUCAAGCAGCUGAUGCUGAACUCGCCUGGAUUGGAGAAACAGAAAAGAAACUGAUGUCUCUGGGUGAUAUUAGGCUUGAGCAAGACCAGACCGCAGCUCAGCUACAAGUUCAAAAGGCUUUUACCAUGGAGAUUUUGCGACACAAGGAUACUAUAGAUGGACUUGUUAAAUCUGGGGAUAAGAUAAUGAACACAUGCACUGAAGAAGAGAAACAGACCAUAAAGAAAAAACUGGAAAGCCUGUUACAGAAAUACGAUACAGUCUGUCAAAUGAACUCUGAGAGAAACCUCCAGCUGGAACGGGCUCAGUCUCUGGUUAAUCAGUUUUGGGAGACUUAUGAAGAGCUUUGGCCAUGGUUAACUGAAACAGAAAUGAUCAUCUCUCAGCUUCCUGCACCAGCCCUUGAAUAUGAAACCUUAAAGCAACAACAAGAAGAACAUCGGCAACUGCGUGAGCUGAUUGCUGAACACAAGCCUCAUAUAGAUAAGAUGAACAAAACCGGGCCUCAAUUGCUGGAGCUGAGCCCAGGAGAAGGUUUUUCUAUCCAAGAGAAAUAUGUGGCAGCUGACACCCUUUACAGUAAAAUUAAGGAAGAUGUCAAAAAGCGAGCUUUGGCGCUGGACGAAGCCAUUUCUCAGUGUACCCAGUUUCAUGACAAGAUAGAUCCAACUCUUGAGAGUCUGAAACGCAUAGUUGAACGUCUGAGGCAGCCGCCUUCAAUCUCAGCAGAGGUUGAGAAGAUUAAAGAGCAAAUCAGUGAAAAUAAGAAUGUGUCAAUGGAUCUGGAAAAACUUCAGCCGGUCUAUGAGACGCUUAAACAGCGAGGGGAGGAAAUGAUUGCUCGCUCAGAAGGAGCAGACAAGGAUAUAUCUGCAAAAGCUGUUCAAGAUAAACUAGACCAAAUGGUCCUCAUUUGGCAAGACAUCCAGACCUUGACUGAGGAAAGGGAGGCCAAAUUAUUGGACGUAAUGGAACUAGCUGAAAAGUUUUGGUGUGAUCAUAUGGCUCUUGUAGCUACUAUUAAAGAUACUCAGGACUUCAUUCGAGAACUGGAGGGACCUGGAGUUGACCCAUCUGUAGUCAAGCAACAGCAAGAAGCUGCUGAGGCUGUUAAAGAGGAAAUUGACGGAUUGCAAGAAGAACUAGAAACAGUUGUGAGCCUUGGUUCUGAACUUAGAGCUGCUUGUGGGGAGCCUGACAAACCUAUUGUCAACAAGAGUAUAGAUGAGCUGAAUUCUGCCUGGGAUGCCUUAAACAAAACAUGGAAAGAACGGGUGGACAAACUUGCUGAAGCCAUGCAGGCAGCUGUUCAAUACCAAGAUGGACUGCAGGCAAUAUUUGACUGGGUAGACAUUGCUGGCAUCAAGUUAGCGUCUAUGUCCCCAGUUGGAACAGAUCUGGAGACAGUGAAGCAGCAAACUGAGGAACUGAAGCAAUUUAAAACAGAAGCUUAUCAGCAGCAGAUAGAAAUGGAAAGACUGAACCAUCAAGCAGAACUAUUGCUGAAGAAAGUAACACAGGAAAGUGACAAGCACACUGUUCAAGACCCUCUCUCAGAGCUCAAGCUAAUGUGGGAUAGCCUAGAAGAAAAAAUUAUAAAUAGACAGCACAAGCUGGAAGGUGCCUUGUUAGCCUUGGGGCAGUUCCAACAUGCCCUGGAUGAGUUACUGACAUGGCUGACGCAUACAGAAGACUUGCUGAAUGAACAGAAACCCGUGGGUGGAGACCCCAAGGCUAUUGAAAUUGAACUUGCCAAACAUCAUGUGCUACAAAACGAUGUUUUAGCUCACCAGUCUACAGUGGAAGCAGUUAAGAAAGCUGGAAGUGACCUGAUUGAAUCAAGUGCUGUUGAAGAAGCAAGUAAUUUACGGAGCAAGUUGGAACUUCUGAAUCAGCGCUGGCAGAAUGUGUUGGAAAAAACAGAACAAAGGAAACAGCAGCUGGACAGUGCCUUGAUCCAGGCCCAAGGUUUCCAUGGUGAAGUUGAAGAUAUGCAGCAAUGGCUGACAGACACUGAACGUCAGCUGUUGGCAUCAAAACCUGUUGGAGGCUUACCAGAAACAGCAAGAGAACAGCUUAAUACCCAUAUGGAACUUUGUGCAGCCUUUGAAGCCAAAGAAGAGACAUAUAAGUGUCUAAUGCAGAAAGGCCAGCAGAUGCUUGCAAGAUGCCCAGAGUCUGCCGAAACAAAUGUUGAGCAGGACAUAAAUAACUUAAAAGAAAAAUGGGAAUCAGUACAAACAAAGCUCAGUGAAAGAAAAACCAAACUGGAAGAAGCUCUUAAUUUAGCAAUGGAGUUCCACAACUCACUUCAAGAUUUCAUCAACUGGCUUACUCAGGCAGAGCAAACUCUAACUGCAGCUUCUCGGCCAAGUCUUAUCUUGGACACUGUCUUGUUUCAAAUUGAUGAACACAAGGUUUUUGCCACAGAGGUGAAUUCUCAUCGAGAUCAGAUCAUAGAACUGGACAAAACUGGAACCCAUUUGAAAUACUUCAGCCAGAAACAGGAUGUUGUCCUUAUUAAGAAUCUGCUGAUUAGUGUACAGAGUAGAUGGGAAAAAGUAGUCCAACGCUUAGUUGAAAGGGGAAGAGCUUUGGAUGAUGCAAGGAAACGAGCCAAACAGUUCCAUGAAGCCUGGCACAAACUUAUGGAGUGGCUGGAAGAAUCUGAGAAAUCUCUGGACUCUGAUCUUGAAAUUGCAAAUGAUCCUGACAAAAUAAAGAUGCAGCUUGCGCAGCAUAAGGAAUUCCAGAAAUCUCUUGGUGCCAAACACUCUGUAUAUGAUACCACAAACAGGACUGGACGCUCCCUGAAAGAGAAAACUACUUUGGCCGAUGACAAUCUGAAACUUGAUGAUAUGCUGAGUGAGCUAAGGGAUAAAUGGGACACAAUUUGUGGAAAAUCAGUAGAAAGACAAAAUAAACUAGAGGAAGCCCUGUUAUUCUCAGGACAAUUUACUGAUGCUCUGCAAGCUCUCAUUGAUUGGUUAUACAAAAUUGAACCCCAGCUAGCAGAAGAUCAGCCAGUACAUGGAGACAUUGAUUUAGUGAUGAACCUGAUUGACAAUCACAAGGUUUUCCAGAAGGAGCUGGGAAAAAGAACAAGCAGUGUCCAGGCUCUGAAGCGCUCUGCCAGAGAGCUGAUAGAAGGCAGUCGAGAUGACUCCUCCUGGGUCAAAGUCCAAAUGCAGGAGCUAAGCACCCGCUGGGAGACGGUUUGUGCCCUGUCUGUAUCCAAGCAAACGCGACUGGAACAGGCUCUCCGACAGGCAGAGGAAUUCCACUCUGUUGUUCACGUCCUCCUGGAGUGGCUGGCAGAGGCUGAGCAGGCUCUUCGCUUCCACGGGGUCCUUCCAGAUGAUGAAGAGGCCUUGCGUACCCUGAUAGACCAGCACAGGGAGUUUAUGAAGAAACUGGAAGAGAAAAAGGCCGAACUGAAUAAAGCAACAGGUAUGGGAGAAGCUAUCCUGGCUAUCUGCCACCCAGACUCCAUCACCACCAUUAAGCACUGGAUAACAAUCAUCAGAGCCAGGUUUGAAGAGGUAUUAGCAUGGGCUAAACAACAUCAGCAAAGACUGGCAGGAGCGCUGGCUGGACUUAUUGCUAACCAGGAACUGCUGGAAGCUCUGCUGUCCUGGUUACAGUGGGCAGAGACUACGCUCACUGAAAAAGAUAAAGAGGUUAUCCCCCAGGAGAUCGAGGAAGUUAAAGCACUUAUAGCCGAACAUCAGACAUUCAUGGAGGAAAUGACCAGAAAACAACCUGAUGUGGAUAAAGUUACAAAGACCUAUAAAAGAAAGGCACUUGAACCCACUCCUGUACAAUCUCAUAUUCCUGUCCUUGAUAAGGGGAGAGCAGGAAGAAAGCGUUCCCCCACACCAGGCAUAUAUCCAUCAGCAGCCCAGGCACAAAUUGAAACCAAAAAUCCACGGGUAAACCUUUUAGUCAGCAAAUGGCAGCAAGUCUGGCUUCUGGCCUUGGAAAGAAGAAGAAAACUUAAUGAUGCUUUGGACAGACUCGAAGAGCUGAGAGAAUUCGCCAACUUUGAUUUUGAUAUAUGGCGGAAAAAGUACAUGCGAUGGAUGAACCAUAAGAAGUCUCGUGUGAUGGACUUCUUUAGAAGGAUUGAUAAAGAUCAGGAUGGAAAAAUAACGAGACAGGAAUUUAUUGAUGGAAUUCUUUCUUCAAAAGCUGAGGGGAAAAUCCCGAUACAACCAAGAGAAUUCCCAACAAGCCGACUUGAAAUGAGUGCUGUUGCAGAUAUUUUUGAUAGAGAUGGUGAUGGGUAUAUUGACUAUUAUGAAUUUGUAGCAGCUCUUCAUCCAAACAAGGAUGCUUACAAGCCUCUCACAGAUGCUGAUAAAAUUGAAGAUGAGGUUACAAGGCAGGUAGCUAAAUGUAAAUGUGCAAAACGGUUUCAAGUGGAACAGAUUGGGGAUAACAAGUACAGGUUCUUCCUGGGAAAUCAGUUUGGUGACUCUCAACAACUACGCCUUGUUCGUAUCCUAAGAAGUACGGUCAUGGUGCGUGUUGGAGGUGGCUGGAUGGCACUUGAUGAGUUCUUAGUGAAAAACGAUCCUUGCAGGGUUCAUCAUCACGGGAGUAAAAUGUUACGUUCGGAAUCAAACUCUUCAAUUACCACUCAGCCUACUAUAGCUAAAGGGAGGACAAACGUGGAGCUACGCGAGAAGUUCAUUUUGGCAGACGGUGCCAGUCAGAGCAUGGCAGCUUUCCGACCACGAGGCCGUCGGUCACGACCCUCUUCAAGGGGAGCUUCCCCCAACAGAUCUACUUCUCUGUCGAGUCAGGCUGGCCAGGCAGCUGUCCCACAGGCAGUAGCUACAAGUACACCGAAGACACCCCAUCAUUUAACACGCAACUAUGGUAAGCCAUGGUUGACAAACAGCAAAACGUCAACUCCUUCUAAGCCAGCUGAAUCCUCAGACUAUCAAGGGUCAUCUGCAGAGGGAACACCCAUUCAAGGAAGUAAACUCAGACUGCCAGGGUACCUAUCAGGGAAGAGUUUCCACUCUGGAGAAGACAGUGGCAUCCUGUCCACUGCAGCUACCAGAGUCAGAGCUCAGUUUGCAGAAACCAGAAGAACUCCAAGCAGACCUGGGAGCCGAGCAGGAAGCAAGGCUGGCAGCAGGUCAAGUAGCCGCCGAGGCAGUGAUGCAUCUGACUUUGAUAUUUCAGAAAUCCAGUCUGUAUGCUCAGAUAUGUCAGAGACUGUUCCACCUACAAGCAGACCGACACCCCGAGCAGGUUCUCGGCCAGGAUCAGCCAAGCCUUCCAAAAUUCCAACCCCCCAGAGAAGGCCACUAGCCAGCAAAUUGGACAAGUCCUUGAAGAGAUAAUAAGAUUGGCUACGUAAAGUUUUUUUUUUUCUUUUGCAUUAAGUAUUUAAGUUCGUAAGAUGUAAAAUAUUAUGUAGAAAUUAUUGUGAAAUAUUGCAAGAGGUGGAUUUUUAAUUCUGCAGAUGGCCUUAUUUGUGUAUUUGUCUUCUUAUUUUAUGUGUAUAAUUUUUGUCAGAUUUGUUUUUGUUUAUCCCAUAUCCCGUGAGAAGGGGGAAGAGUUCUAAUGUAAACUAACAGUUGUACACAGUAAUGUGUAGAAAGUACACUAAAAAUAAUUACCGAAUGUACAGUGUACUGAAUGUACAGUGUAAGUCUCUGCAACCUGAAUAAAAUAGGCCUAUCACUAUGUCAUUAGCUAACAGUAAAGGAUACCUCAAGAUUUUUCUUUAAAAAAGAAAAAAAAAAGAAUAACUAAAAAGCCAAAAGACACAAUUACACAUUCUGAGCUAACGAAACAAACACUGAAGGAUCUAUGUCCAAACUACUAAGGAAUACAAAACCACCGUCACAGUACCCUUAUUUAUACAGCAUCUCUCAGAGAACUCACAGAGUUAAUUAAGCACUCGCCAGUGAUAUGAUACUCCAAUACCUUGCAGCAUUUCUGUGCCAUUGCUUUCAACGAGGCCAGACACAUUCUGGAUAUUCGAACUGUUAUUCUGUGAGAAUAUCAAUAUAAAGUGCAUUCAUGUAAAUGUGAGGUUUUCUUUUGCUUGAGUGGAUGGUAGCACUGUAUCAUUGAACUCAUUUUGUAUCAAAGCAAUUUUGCUUGCAGAAAGCUCUGAAAUAAACAUGUCCCUUAACUUUAUUUCUAUCGUAUUUCUUAUUUCACAGGAAGAUCAUUUUCUGCGUUAUGAUUUAGGGCAUAUAUUAUUUCAAAUGACCAAUAAUUGCCAUAGGAACAUAGACUUUAAUGUAAUUUCCAAUUAUCUGCAGUCGGAUUUUGGUUAGCUACUGUAUUUGUUUAAUAAAACACUAAAUUGCACAUAUCAGA